UAUCCAAUACAUUUCAUCCUCCUGAUUUUGCUGCCUUGUUCAAGAUAUCCAUUGUUUUUGCCGCUCAUAUCGCCAACGCCGUCGCUUCGCCGCUUACUCUCCUUCACAACUGAACCGGGCACCCGUUUACGGCAUAGCGCCCUUCAUUUCUCACUUCAAGCUUCGAGAAGAAGAUGGACCGUCUCUUCAGGAAAAAAUCCUCCAGGACAUCUGAAAAGCUACUCAAUUCUAGCAAACGCAAAAGCAAACAAUCUGCAGCGCUGUCGGAAUCCUCAGGUGAUGACGGCUCGAAAGAUGUUUAUGGAGAAAAGAGAGUACCGGGCGUCGCACCUAGUCUGGAUGUGGACAUAAGGAACAGUCUUAUAUUACCUUCACUGUCACAAAGGUUCUCAGUUCUUCUCCCGCCUCUUGCAACAGCCCCGGAAGACUCUAUUCGUACACUUCUUGCUUCACAGCGUGCCAGAAUACACGGUCCAGCAUUGACGGAAGAAGAAGAAGAGCUUCUUUUUGCAGAGCUCAGAGCUAGCGAAAGAAAUGAAUGGUAUCGCAUGCCGCCAAAAUCAAACUGUGAUGACGACAGAAUUCGCACACCUAACUCAAAAGCAGACAUAAUCCCCAAUCCAGUUUCUCCCUUUAUUGAGACUUCUGCCCCCAGUCCCUCGAUUAAUGUCUCCGACGAUGGUCAAUCAUCACCCUUACAUCCUGGAAGUAGUCCGCUCAUAUCUUCCCCACCGCCCACGUCCAACUCAUUCUCAUCAUUCAAGACAUUUGGCGUCGCCUCAAGCCCUGAACAACCCACAUUAGGAAGUCUCAAAAGUAAAGAAUUAGAAUCUGGAAUGGGCGGUAGCAUGGGUCUUAGAGAGAAUGCGUAUCUGCGAAGAGCGCCAGAGCAAGGCGGAACGAAUGAUCUUAAAUAUACAUCAGGUAAAUCGCGAGGGAAGAAAGAACAAGGAGACAAAGGUGAUGUGCCAACAACGACAUUGAUGAAGACUGCAACCGACCAUGAUCUAAAGCCACAGUCUCGCAUCCCAGACAGCUCUAUGCGGUCCGAGUCAACAAUGGCCUCUUUAUCAUCUGUAGUCGGCCCCCAUUCUCAUGCGACACCAAUUAUCAAUACUCUCAGACCUGAUCUCGGGUCCCCAGAAUUGUCGAAUUUCGCAGGUCAGCCGCGACAAAGAUAUAGCAAGUCUCUAUUAUCGGAAUUAACGCCGGCCCAGAUCAAACGAAUAUCAAUGGCUCUUGAAGAGAUUGGAGGACAAUUAAAACGAGGUGGGAAUAUUAUGGAAAACAAUAUCCACAAAGAAUGUGAACAUACAGCAGGUGAUGAAGAAGAGGUGUUGGCCAGUGGAGAAAGUCAGAAGAAUUUGUCUGGAAAUCAAGAUGAAAUGCGCGGAGAAAGGCCCCGAAGACCAUCUGAUGUGUUUUCCGAAGGGUCGCGUUCUGCAACUUCUUCGGUCUUCCCAUUCAAAACGUCGCCGACAAAUAGCACAUUCACAGGAAGGAGCGCGAAUACGCUUACCAAUACUGAUUCAGCUUCUCCCUCUCGCCUGCCUUCAUCUCCUCGGUCUCACAAUCUUCGCGCCGUUGUUAAUGAAGAUAUUCCACCGGUUCCCGAAUCAACUUUGACUCCUACUCGCCUCCAACCUGUCAAAGCUAACAGUAUCUUAUCCAACGCUUCGGCGGCGUCUACACCGACGCCAUCCCUAGUACUUCAUAACCCUGCUUAUGUCCCUGGGCAACCUAGGCCUAUCAGACCAACGCACCAUGGGGAGGGUUCUUUGUCCUCGAGAGCAGCGACACCCAACGGCCAGCCACAUUUUGAUAUACUGCUGAAUUCAAGAUCAGUGACACCUGAUAGCCAAUCCCCUCCCAAUACAUUGAGGUCCUCGGCUGCAUAUUCUGACGCCACGCAAAGCACCAAUACUAGCCCAUCACCGCUUCUACACUACCCCAUUUCCCUCGCGAAAGCGACCUCGCUGUCGAGAUCUUAUAGUGUCAACCAAGCUUCUCUGCCUAUCGGUGGGGACUCUGACCAAUCUUCGGUUACCCGUCGCCGGGCUGGUACCAUUACUUUAGGAGAAACUGAAUCUGGUCGAGGAUUAAAUUUCUCGAGCGAAGCCCACCCGUUUUUGCAAAGGGAGAUUGUGGAGGAAGAGGAGUAUGAGCACGAGGAGGAGCAAAAAACACGAUCUCGCGAACAUCUCAAGGAGGAAGAAAAUGAUGCGGGAUCAACACUAGAGCUGAAAGAAGCUAUUAAUCGACAUAGCCUGGGAGCUUCGUGGUACGACCCAAAAACAUCUAUCGAUGAAGAGGAAUCUUUCCAAAACGGUCACAAGUCACAAGCGCGAGAUGUCGUUGAAACAGCGAUAUUUUCUCUGGAUGCCUUAAGAACGGAUGAUGAGACCGCUGAGGGCGCCGGUUUUUUCUCUCCAAUUCCUUUACAACGUUUGUCAUGCGACUCCCUCGAUUCAGUCUUUGAUCCUAAGCAGGACGUCCCUCAGUGGAUAGACAUCUUUGAUGGCAACGAUUUUGUCCGAGUGGAUUCGGAAACUGAUGACAUAUCUGAUUGGCCUGAGAAACCAGAACUACUGCUUGAAAAGAUUACGGGGCUGGGGGUGGAAGAGUUGAUGCUUUUGCAGGAAGAAUUGGUUACAAAGGCUAGAAGAGAGAGAGAAGCAAUGGGUCUGGGAUUUAGUCCUCUGAUUUCUGACACGCCAACAAUACCUAAGCAGUAUUGCAGCUUGAAGCAACAGUCACCCCGUCUCAAUGUAGAAGGCCCACCCGCAGUCGAUGCGCGGACUACAAAUCCAAUGACAAUGAACGGUAUAAUCCCUGUAACUUCAGCAAUGGAGUCGUCGUCAUCGAUGGCUUCGCAAAUAGCCGAUACCAUACCUUGUGCGCCUCAACGACCAGUACUUGACAUGCCUCCGCAGCCCCUUCCAGCUCCUCCUACUCAAGAAGUUCCUAACGCCGAAUCUUUCUCAUCUGCAACGCGUAUGCGUGGCAAUGUAAUCGAUAAUACUACAGAAAGUCUAGAAACUGAAAAGGAAAAGGACUUCCGCACAAGGAUUGCUGCUGCGACUGCUGCCCUCAAUCGUAAUCCCUCCAUACAGGGCGCUCGGCUUGAACGUAAGAACACCAAACGCGGGGCGGCCAUGGUCAUCUCCAGUCCCAAGCUCCUUUCCUCCACCGCUAAGGUCCCCACUCACCCCCUUACUCCCCCAGAUCACCCUUCGGCUGUGGAUUCAAUUUUAGAGAAAUCGCUGGAGAAGAUGAGCGGAUCAGGCAGUAAGAUGAGUCAGAAGUGGAAGAAGCUUAUGAAGAAGGGGCCGUCUGUAUCAAGUUCCGAGGCGUUCAAGCCUGUGCAUCCUAUGUCAGCAGCGAAUUCGGGUUCCACAGACCCGAAUUCGAUCCCGCAGCCCGCUCCAGUAGCCCGGUUGCAACGAUCCAAUUCUCAAUCGGUGUCAAGAACUCUGGGAGCUCCAAUUCAACUUCGCCAGGAGGCUAACACUGCAAUCUCCCUCUCUUCAGCUCCUCCUGAUCUCAAAUCCUUCCAAUUCCCGCGACGGAUAGAUCAACGAGAGGGCUCGAACGCUGACCAGAAAACUUGUCCGGCAAUGACUAUUUCACAAGUACCGACACGGGUCAUUACACCCCCAAAUACAACCGUACACGGCGACGCUCCCCUUGAUCAGCUAUCCGAGCGGACGCAAUCCCCAACUCAAGACACUGCUAUACUCAAUUUCCUCCAGGCAGGUCGUCAGUUGGGUCUGAAGGAGGAUCAGCUGAAGGCCAUAUUAGUCCAAAAGGAAAUGUUGAAUGACUCUGACACCAUUGCAAGCAAAGACUCUGCUUUACCAAACUCAGAGCCCGUUUUGAAAAUAUCACCAUCCUCGUCCGCGAGGCAGCGGUCUCCAACGCCUAUAUGGCAAGCGGAGAAGGCCAUCGCCAAACAGAAGAAGGAGGGUCUAUUUCGCUCUCUCUCGAAGAAGGCGAGGGAGCUGCCAAUUCGAAUGCGCACUCCGGAGCCUCCUCAGAAAGAAGUCGUGACGCCCGUCUCCGUAUCUAGGCCUUUGCAUGACAAGGUCGUAUUGAGACGUACGAUGAUUUUUCCUGACGGUUUAACACCUUCAGCUUUUCAAAUGUCUUCGGACGUUACUCCCGGUUCUCCCAGUUCGUCAAAUGUUGGUAGACAACCGAGUCAACGAAAACUGUCAAUUCGACGUAAACCUCUCAAUCUUUCGAAAGAAGAUCGCGAACUAGUGUCAAAUAGUCCACCGGCACAUCAAACGGGAUUUGGUUCCAAUGCUAGUCCUUCCCAAAAGCAUGAAAACAUUGCACAUGAGGAUCAGAACUUCGGCUUCGUUUACCGCAAUCCGGCGCACCGUGCAGACGAUUCAACUAAGCGACGGAGCCUUGCUUCUAUGACAUUGUCUAGAAGGUCUCUCUCUGGCAUGUCUGAACGCUCAUCCACUGCCGGCUCGCUGAUUGACAUGUACGGGGACGACCGGAAUGGAGGGGAAGAGAUGCUUCUCAAAAGUCCUCCUCUUGAUAGAGAUAGUAGGAUAAUUGAAACGAUCCAAAAUGGGCCUGCGCAAGCGGUAGAGAUUUGCGAGUAUGCAGAUGGCCAAGUAGUAUGGUCUGUGGUUGACGCUUUGCGCACUUCAGUAGCCGCUUCUGUUGAUGAAAACGACGGUCCUUUCGGCCACAGACUUUCGCAAUCAUCUUCAAAUUAUUCAGCAAACAAAGUCUCUGUCUUCGGUGAAAAACAUGACUAUUUUACAGAGACUGAAUCGAUGAGCAGACCGUCCGGGGCUAAUAUAGCUCCACUUAAUGUUCGACACAUCGCUAACCGAAAGUCAAUUAUCAAACCCAGACCACCAACAGAUGUCUACUUCACGUCAUCUCAUGAUGUUGCCGAUCUCAUUGAUCAUCUUUCACGCGACCUCGAAGCGUCUCGUGGCCGCAUAGACAUCAUUUCGUCUCACGAUUCUUCGGUCGACACUGACAGGCCUUUUCACCAUACUCCAUUCAAUAUCGAGCAACACCGUACACCCGGAUCGCCAUCGAGUAACUCUCAAUUUGAAGACGCCCCAUCCCCAGCCCCUCCACCCCGCAGAAUACCCUUUUCACAACGCAUUCAUCCUCGAAGUCCAAGAUCCUACCAUCCUGCUAGCGAAAUAAAUAUAGAAGAAGAAACAUCGCUGAAGCACCAUGUGGGUCAUCAAAUAGGCCGGUCGAGUAAUACCAAUUCCUUUACAAACUGCGAGACACAUGACCCUUCAUCAAGACAUUUUGCGAAUUCCUCUCAUGUGCAGGGCAAGUCUUUAGAAUAUAGGCUACAGGAGUUGAUGGAUCGGAUGCGGAAUGCUAAGCCCGAUGGAAGAAGAUGAUCAUAGGCGAAAGAAACCCCUCCAACCAGCGACCUGUAUCGAUUGAUAUCGCUGUAUGGGAUGUAGAAAUUACAGUGUGAUAUGACGAUCUCAUGUGUAUAAUAAUGAUUCAAUACGAUAUCUACUGCUUCCGUCAAAUUCAUGAUGCUUGCUGUAUCUAUAUGUCUUUUCCGCCAAUGCAAGCUUUUGAUUUAGUGUUAAAGGGUCCACCCAGUGAACUCGGCGUACAAGUGUAUCC